AUGCGUAACGAUAUAUCUGGUACAGUUGGAAUGGAUAUGGCAUUCGAUAAAGUGACUUUUUCUAUCGAAGGCAUGGACAAUCUGAUUCUAGACUCUGUGUCUGGCCAGGCUCAAAGCGGGAUGUUGCUUGGUGUGAUGGGACCAUCAGGUUCAGGAAAAUCAACGCUGAUAAAUAUUUUGUGCGGUAGGCUGCGAGCUACAUCGGGAUCAUUGUUACUCGAUGGAGUGCCUGUUAACUGGUCCGAGUGGCGAGAGGAAAGCCUUCAAAAAUUCCAAGGGCUAUUCGGUUUUAUUCCCCAAGACGAUGUCGUUCAUCCUCAUCUCACCGUUUGGGAGAACAUCAUGUACUCGGCAAAAAUACGACUUGGUGGUACGUUGAAACACAGAGAAAUUGAAAAUCUGGUAUAUCAGAUUAUAUUGGACUUGGAACUCGAAAAAGUUAAAAAUAGCGUCGUUGGAAAUGAGGAUCGCCGCGGCAUCUCCGGGGGAGAGCGAAAACGCGUAAGCAUUGCUCUGGAAUUGGUCGCUACACCUCCAGUUUUGCUUCUUGAUGAACCUACCUCGGGUCUAGACUCUCAAGCGGCCUUGUCUCUAAUUAUGCUCUUGAAAUCUCUGUCGCGUAAAGGGAUCACCGUUAUAUGCGUCGUCCAUCAGCCUCGUAUUGAAAUAUUUGAGGCUUUGGACAAGGUGCUCCUCAUGGGAUCCGGAAAGACGGUUUAUUUCGGUUCUCAAUCUCUGGCAGUACGACAUUUCCGUCGAAUGGGAUACGAAUUCGAUCCCCGAUUGAACCCGGCCGAUAUUAUGAUGGACAUUGUUUUUGGUACCUAUGCAGGGAAACAAUCAUCUAUAGUCAAAUCGUUCAAUGACGAGGAUGCAAAUUCAUCAAUGAAAGCAGUUGCUAAAAGGACUUCAGCGACCGGAGACGAAACCGUUAACGCAUUGAUGGUUCAAUGCCAUCGAUAUAGGCAAAGGUAUUCCCCAUGGUACAAACAAAUAUAUCUCGCUUUUUGUCGCGAUAUGACACAGCAAAGUCGAGCAGCGUGGAGUUUUAUCCUAGAGAUCGCAGGAGGUACAUUGUGUGGACUAUUGCUUGGUCUAUCUGUUUAUGAGUUUCGUGGACAUAUCUAUCAGGGAAUGUUUCUAGAGCCAUUUCAUGUGUUGUCCAGUGCUGUUGAUUAUACACUGUUAGCUCAACUGGGCACUUUAAACUGCCUAGCCACAAGCUUCGCUGCUGCUGCGCCGAGCGUCAUAGUUUUUUCCGCUGAAAGACGCAUAUUCUUCCGCGAAUCGUUUUCCGGUCAUUCAAAUUUUGCGUACUUCGGUGGUAAAGUCCUUACAACUCUUUUGAGAAGCGUUAUUAGUUCAUUACAUUUCAGCACGAUGUUCAUCAUUCUUGCGUCACCGGUGAUUUCUUUUGGUAUGCUUGUAGGGUUGAAUAUUCUCUAUUUUUAUUGUGUGUAUGGUCUGGGCUCUAUAAUAGCAGCAAUUACAGAUCACGAGAAUGGACCACUAUUCUGCCUUCUACUCAAUAUCGUUAUUGCUAUCUUUGGAGGCGCCAGUCCCCGUCUUGCAACGGUCAAAAGCUGGCAUCUUGAAUGGUUUUGGUAUUUGUGUCCAGGGCUAUGGUUCUGCGAGGCCUUCUUUAGCGCUCAGGUUUUACCAUUCUCCUACUUAUACAACACCGAGGAGGCGGAAGCAUUUACUGGAUAUAAAUUUGGAAGGACAGGUCUUGAUAUUGGGCUUCUUUUAGUUAUUGGCACACUGUAUCGUAUUAUAGGGUGUUUUUUAAUGAUUCUGAAGGCGAGAACACGAUACGGUCGAUCGAGCUAA